AUGGGCGAUAUGUCGAGCUCCACUUCAGCCUCCCGCCCCUCGUGGACCCAGUAUGGUCCACUUCCCAUGGAGCGAUGUCCUGACUGCCCACGCAGUGCGCCACUAAUACGGUUGGCUUCGAAGGAGGUCAAGAAUGGCAACUAUGGGCGUGAGUUUGUGAAAUGCGACAGCAAGCCAGAGGGGCAGAUCAUGAAGAAAUGCACACAUUUUGAAUGGCUGGAUGACUAUGUUAAGCGGAUUCAAUUCAAUGGGGCCCCAACCCGGGAGCUCAAUCUGCUGUCAGCACCAACGAAUUUGGUCUCUGAAAGUGUUGCUCUGACAGUUGGGGAUGCAGAUCUGAAGGGGGAAUUAAAGAAUAUGAACAAGAACUUGAAGUUGAUGAUUCAAUUGAACAAGCAGGCGAAUCUGAUAGCUUUAGGAUUUUAUCCCCUUUAUUUUUGUGUAGUUGCUCUAGGAUUUGCUUACUUGCUGGUCAUCACUCGUUAA